AUGGGCGUCGAGGACGGCGUCAAGCCCCCGAGCGAUGGCGCGGCCGCCGCCAAGACGAGCCCCGUCAGGACCGCGCUCAUCGUCGCCCUGUACCUGGCGUUGAACUCGUCCCUCAACCUGCUGAACCGAUACACGCUGGGGCACGCGGGAUUCAGAUACCCAGUCUCCCUCACGUGCGCGCACCUCGUGUUCCAGAUAUGCUCGCUCGCGCCGGUGGUCUUCAGCGGCAAGCCGGCGGGGGAGACGCACGCGCAGACCGUGGGGCGGCUGUGGAAGGCGCUGGCGGCCAUCGGCGCGUUCAUGUCGCUCAACAUCGCGCUCAACAACGCGUCCCUGUUGCACCUCUCGUUGUCGUUCAACCAGGUCAUCCGCGCGUCCAUACCGGUGGUCUGCGCGGCGUGCGCCGUCGUGGUCGAAAACAAGGUCCCUUCCCCGGCGGAGGCCGCGGGUCUGCUCCUCGUCGCCGCCGGGGUCAUGGCGACGAUCGCGGGAAGCGCGGACAAGUCCAAGCAACGCCCCGACGAGACGAUCGGAGUCGUCUUCUGCGUCGUCGCGACGCUGUCAAACGCGCUGAUGAUGACGUUCAGCGGUCGCAUCAUGGGCCCCGAGCGGCUGAACGCCCUGUACCUCACCUUCUACACCUCUCCGGUGGUGUUGGCGCUGUUAGCGCCGGUCAGCGCGGGGAUGGAGUGGGAGCGGAUGGUGGCGAGGUUGGCGAUGCCCGCGCCGAACGAUGUCAUCGUCGCGGGCGUCGAGGUGGACGGGACGGAGCUGCUGGGAUCCGCCGGUGACGCGUCGGGCGGGGGCGGGUUGAUCGGCGACGGCGGGUUCGUCGGGGGCGGGGACCUCGUGAAGCUGGUGCUGCUGGGGUGCUGCAACGCGGUGGUGUAUAACUGGGUGCACAACAAGGUCAUCGCGGUGACGAGCGCGACGACGACGACGGUGCUGGGAAACGUCAAGGUGGCGAUGCUGUUCCUGUUCUCGCGGGUGUUGUUCGGGGAGACCAAGGACUGGUCGUGGCAGAUGCUCGGCGGGGCGGUGGUGGCGCUCGUGGGGUUCGCGCUGUACUCCGGGGCGAAGCUGAGGGCGAUGCGAAAAGCCAAGCUCGCGGCUGUCAGGUGAUGA